CGAGAAGAUACAGUGAGGAGAAAUCUGGAUAAUUUAUGAAAUAGUCAUUGUGCAAGACGUAAAAGGCAUUUUGUACGCAGAAAUGCUGUAAAAAUUUAGAGUUAAGGAAUUUAGGAUUUAUAAAUAAUAAUAAUUAAAUAUUUAAUAAUAAUCUGUGAGUUAUACAUAACAAGUACCAGUGAAAUCUUGAAUGUGUGGAUCGAUAAAAUUAAGUGAACAUUAAUGAUUAAUUCUCGCCCACACACAAAAGGAAAUUUAUAGAAAUUAUAGAAAAAUUCAUAUUCCAAAAAAAAGAAGGAACGAAAAUUUUUCGAGGAACUUUUAAUUUCCUCAUUAUCUAUCAUUCAGUUGAAAUCAAUUCGUUAUCAUCACAUAAAACUGUAUAGUUUAAAAGCAAUAGACAAUGUCAAAAAAACCGAGGCCUGGAAUGAAAUUAGUUAUAGCUGAACAAUCACCUCCAAUUCAAGUUCUAUCCCCACCAAGGAAUUUGGACAAGAAAGCUACUAUUACGAUUGACGAUAAAACGUUUGAAGUAGAGGCUGAUGAUUUGGAAAAGAUUGCCGAUUUAGGUCGCGGUGCGUAUGGAGUUGUUGAGAAAAUGAAGCACAUCAAAACAGCUACAGUAAUGGCAGUCAAGAGAAUCACAGCGACAGUUAAUACACAAGAGCAGAAACGAUUACUUAUGGACUUGGAUAUAUCGAUGCGCUCUAGUGACUGUCCAUUUACAGUGCACUUUUAUGGCGCUCUUUUUCGCGAAGGUGACGUUUGGAUUUGUAUGGAAGUUAUGGAAUGUAGUUUAGAUAAAUUUUAUCCUAUCGUCUUUAACAAUAAUCUCAAAAUGCCAGAAGACAUUUUGGGCAAAAUAUCGGUUGCCGUCGUUAAUGCACUUCACUAUUUACAUUCAAAAUUACACGUGAUCCAUCGUGACGUUAAACCAUCAAAUAUUCUCAUAAAUCGUCGGGGUGAAGUAAAAAUGUGUGAUUUUGGCAUUUCUGGAUAUCUUGUUGAUAGCGUUGCAAAAACUUUAGAUGCUGGCUGUAAGCCCUACAUGGCACCAGAAAGGAUCGAUCCACAAGGCAGUGGGGUAUUAAAUUACGAUAUCAAGAGUGAUGUUUGGUCAUUUGGAAUAAGUUUGAUAGAAAUGGCAACAGGAAAGUUCCCCUAUGCAACAUGGAGAACACCUUUCGAGCAAUUGAAGCAAGUAGUAACAGAAAAAUCGCCAUCACUUCCACCUGACAUGUUUUCAAAGUCCUUUGAGAAUUUAACCAACAUAUGUCUUCAAAAAGAUUUCACAAAACGUCCAAAUUAUGAACAACUUCUUGCCAAUGAAUUUAUUGUUUAUCACACUAUGAAAGAAACUGUUGUUGCAAAUUACGUAGAAGAGAUCUUAGCUCUCAACCAGUGAAUCAUGAUUAUAAGUUUAGAAAUGUAAAUAAUUAAUAAUACUAUACCUUAAACAUGUAAUCCAGGAACCAGUUAAAAAUUGUUUAUGUUUGA